GGAAGAGGAGAAUACAAGUGAGGAAAAGCAUGAGAGAGCAUACCGGCAAAGGAAAGUCACAGUAGAGUACAUGGCGUGGAUAUGAAAUAGACCUUUAUUUUGAGGAUUUCAUCAUGCCCGCUCCUGCAGCACCCCAGGUUGUUCCACCUGGACCACCUCGCUUGCGGUUAGAAGACAAGGUGUUGUCUUUGGAGUUUCUUCUUUUGGAUGCCCAGUUUAAUGAACCAGGAAAGUACAAACUGGUGCUACGUGUGGAAAAUCCUCUGCUCGACGAUUCGGUGGAAGGUAUCACGGUGAUGGUCAACAAUGGAGACAUGAUUCCAAGUUGUGAGGCCGAGACUAACACUGCAGAGCAAGAAGACCUUACUGAUACAUUGACAUUUGACAAAAAUAACUUUUUGUUCAUAUUACCAAAAGGACUAUGUAAAAAUGACAAACACCAUGACGUACGACUGUGCAUUGAUGUCUUAAAGUUUGGAUCUGGCAGCCCUAAAGGGGGGAAAAAGGUUGGACAAUCCCUAUUUGCCAUUUACCCUCGCCCUAACCAACCUCGCAUUAAUCUCCGAGCAGCUCCCUUCGAACCCCUUUACAAUUAUCAAGGAGUGCUGGCCCUUUUAAGAGUUGCAGGGGAUCAUAUGGCAAUGCACUGUGGACGUCUUGCAUACAAUGUCUGUUUUCGUGAAUACAAACCUCCAAAAAUUAAAGAUAUUUCCAAACCGACCUCUCCUUUACCAAUCAGUCUGAAAGCAAGCGACUCACACCCUUCUACUGCCAGACAUGACACUGAUAAGCAAAGCACUCCUACAGCGCCGACAUCUUAUAUCUCACAUUCAGAAGCCAUCAGAUCUGAUCCUCAGAAUCUUAGAACAGCCACUCCAAGAAUACAUCAUGAUUCUGAAGACCAAGACCUAUUAAACCAACAAUCUUCAGAUGAUGAAGAUGAUAAUAAAGAUGAGGAAGAAGUACAUGAGGUAGACAGGUUGUCGUCACCAGGGCUCAAUUCAAUGCAGGAUCAGGAUGAUCUUGAAUAUGAAGUUGAUAAAACAUCACCUCGUUUGAUUUUGCCCCCCAUAUCACAAAGUUUACCUCAUGAUGCUCCCCUACGUCUCCCAUCUCCUCCGAAAACACCAGCAACUAUGAGGAAGACUCAUGUUACAGAGAAGGCCCCAGCUCAAAGUGACUCAGUGCAAAGAGAGAGCAAACUCUUACCCUUUCCUGGAACGGAGACAAUAGUUGUCACCCUCCAUUCCGCUACUCAUAUCCCUUUAACUACAGCUGGUUCUUUGCCUACACCCUUCAUAUGCUUAAUGAGCAGCAUUGAUGAGAAAAAAGGAAGACAGGCACAAAGCAUUUCUCAUGCUGCACAAGCUCCAACGACCAGCCCCGUCUGGGGCGAAACACUGACCAUGACAGUAAAUGAGGAGGAGGCAGAAGAGAAAGAGCUCAUCCUGACUGUGGCUGAUAAUCCCUCCCAGGACUUUCUACUGGAAUACCGACUGCCUAUACAAGUUCUGCAGCCUUUCCAUCCAUAUCAUCUGUGCAUGGUCAAGCCACAUGACCAGGCUCCUGAUGGAUGUCACCUUUACGUUACCAUUGAGCGCAGAACAAGCUCCUUUGCACAGCAGAAUGGAUUCACUUACAGUGCUUUACAGGUUCUACUUGUUGGAGUGGAGACUUCCCUUCAAGAACCAUCCUCUUAUCCUCUUUUGGCACUAGCACGCAUUGUCCCCAACUACAAAGAUUACAGACAGACAAGUAAGCCUCCUGGAAUGCCGGGGGUGUCACACGUCAAAGUUACUUUCCCAGAGCCUUCUCCAUCUUGUUUCCAGAUACCAAAAAGAGCAACGCAAGGACAUGCCCAGAUCUCUAUCCCUGGUCUCCCACCCUCACAGCCGAUAUGGAAUUCGACCUUUCUAUUUCAAGGAAGAGAUGGAGUCACACUCUUCAGUGAAGGAGCAGCACUAGUCUUAGAGUACUACCCUGUCACAUGCUAUUCUUGGCGUGUCCCAUGGUAUCUGUCGAACCACUGUGGGUUCUCAGUGGUCCCUUUAGACAUGGAAGUCUAUCACCAGCUGAUGCAGAGCUCUAGCAACAAGGCCCUUACCUUAACUGGUGUACCAAUUCAGGCUACUGAGCUGAAGACCAUUUCUGGUGAGGCCCCCUGUGUGUCACUGCAGCUGCUGCUGCUGAAGACUGAGCGUCCAGAAUUCUUUUUGAGCCCGUCAGAGGUCCAGGCUUCCACUAAUUGGCAGACGCAAUCAAAUAAUUCUUCAAGCCUUACUAGAAAGGAGGCAGGAAGUCCCAACAAGGAAAAGCUCCAGAAAGAUGCCCCUUUUCCCUCCUACAAUGCUCUGGCCGAUAUCCUUCCGGACCCAUGGGUUCAACAGACAGCAAGAGAACAAAAGUCCCCUUCUCCAGCAGAGCUUACAAAACAGCCCACCACAAACCUGUCCCCCCAAUACCUGAGCGGUAACAUGGGAGGGCCUGAAGAUCCCGUGAUGGAGCAUCAGGAACAAGAACUGGCAAACUAUCGCCUCGCCAUGCAGCGUAUGGCAGAUGACAUCAUUGCUCUAAACCGUCAGAUGAGUGGACUAGAAGCAGAGAACAGUGCUCUUCGUAGUGAGCGUAGUCUGAAUCAGGAUGCAGGCCGCAGUCUUCUAAGCGACACAGACAUUGAUGUCAUGACCAAGGCUGAACUUGCAGACCGACUUGUGACCCUUAAGCAGAAAUUGGCGAGUGAAACAUCAGAGCUCCGCAGUAUGAGAGACCGGAUCCAGCAACUGCAGAAUGAUUUAGUACGGAGAAAUGACCGAGAGAAGGAACUGCUUCUACUCCAGAGAGCACACCAACAGCAGCAAGCCGUGCUCAGCCAGUACCACCAGAAACUGAGCCGGGCGAAAGCCGUACAAGACACAGUGCGGAAACAGGAGAAGGUAAUAGAGAAGAUGGAGAAACUGCUGGAUAGCAAACUGAAAGAUGAGAAGAGGAGUCGUAUGGACAAAGGAGACAGAGGGCCUCGAUCAGACACCAUUCAGGGGGAGGUAUAUGCUACAUUACUGUCUGAGAAUUCACGUCUAAGAGAAGAACUGGAGAAAGCUCGACUGACUACCACAGUAAUACCACAGCAUGUUCCUAUACAUGAAACAUUUACUGAUAGCGAGAAACUUUCCCUUCUCAGUAAGCUGGAAAAAUCCCAAGCGAGAGUACAAAGCCUGGAGAGAGAGCUGGAGGAGGCGGCUCGACGAUGGGGCCGGGAGAAACAGCAGCUCCUAACUCAACUUUCUGAGGAGCAGAUGGGAUUCAGUCGGACCCAUACUACAGUUCUUCAUCAUUUUCCUACGAAAGAACCAGAGCUGCCUACAAGGAGACCCACCAAGCUAGAUCCUUUAAUAUAACAGUAUCUUAUAUAAGAUCCUGAAGGACUGUUAAUAUUAUUUUCCAAUAGGAUUACUAUGUAAUCUUGUCUUGUGUACCAAUGGAAAUCAUUAUACAUGGUUCAAUGGCUCCAGCCACAGAGGUCACAGUAAAGAGUUUGUCACUAUGUUUGGACACUGGAAAGAAGGGAGACUGCAAGAGACGGAAUUACUGUAGACUGCACAUAAGUAUCACACAUUUAUUACCAAAUUAUUUUAAUUAGUGCUAAUAUAAGUAAUCCUUACGCCUCUUUCACACAUCAGUAAUUCACAGACGUGUGCUGUCCAUGGUCAUCAUGGACAACACACGUACCUAUUGACUUUAAUAUGUGUAUGUUCACAUAAGUGUUUUUUCACGGACCGUGAAUCCAAAGUGACACCACGGAUGCAUGCCCUAAUUUGUUUGUGAUUACAGAUCCCUCAUGCACAUUAUAGUCUAUGGGUCCAUGAAAACUAUAGACACAACAUGGAUGCCACAGAAAAAACUAGUCCUGUCGACAGGACUAUUUUUUCCGUCAUGCAUAACGGAACCAAACGGAACCGUUAUUUGUCCCCAUAGACAUGUAUUAGGACAGAGCAAAACGGAAUGCUUCUUAAAGACUUCCUCUUUGCAUUCCAUUAUUUUCCGUUAUAACUCUGUUAUAACAGAACCCUAUAACGGAAUUUCAUAACGCGAACCCGCCCUAUACAAAACUCUGCAGCCCAGAAACAAUGAGUCUGCAUGAGGGCGAGUGAUGGAAAUAGCCAUCUCACAGCCUCAUACACUGGAAGCGAUUGCUGCAUCUAAAUGUAGCUCCUCACCAUCACUGACCAGCAGUGAAUUGUCGGGAUGGAACACUUAGUUCCUGAUAAUUGUAAAUGCGCCUUAAAAUGGUUUUCUGAGAUUUUAAUACUGAUAAACUAUCCUCAGGAUAGGUCAUCAGUGUUAAAGUCUCGGAAAACCCCUUUAAGUAUCAUCUCUGUUUAGAGUUGUAUUACUGAUACUGUACCUUGGGGCAAUGGGCCCAUUAUAAAUGUGCC